AUGGGAUCGGAACACACGGUGACCAAGGUUCUGUUGGAAUGGAUCAACAGCUUCGCCUUGGGUAAAACCCUCCGAACCACUGACGAAUUAACCGAUGGGAUUAUCUUGUGGGAGAUUCUCCAGGAUAUUGACCCUCAGUAUUUCCUCGAGGAAAUCCCAGAGCGCAACUCCUCCGACCAUUGGGUGGCCAAGUGGCAGAACCUGAAGCACAUCCACAAACUAUUGCUCAACUACAUUCGACACCAAAACGAUGACAUCCUACCUUCCGGUCUCGAUCCGUCGCCCGAUCUCGAAUCAAUUGCCGAAAAAGCCUCUCCCAAGGAAACGAACAAGCUGCUGAAGCUUCUCCUGAUCGCGGCCAUCAGCUCUCCCAACGCCGGAACAUACGUACAAACACUUCAGGAACUAAGCACCUCGACACAAGAGGGGCUCAGAGAUAUUAUUGAGGAGGCACACAAUGGCCAAUAUGAGCCAAUGGACGCUGCGGAUGAGCUCAGGGAAGACCUAGCCAAGCACGAUCGCCCUGUGGAUCUGGAACUGCAGUUCGAGGAACGCGUCGGAAAGGUACUCGCGGAGAAUGACCGUCUAACACACGAGAAGAAAGAAUUGGAAAAGGCCUUGGGGGACUUGCACAAUCGCCUGGCGCGUCUCCAGGAAAACAAUGACACCCUACAAAACCGUCUCGCCUCCACCGAGGACCGGCUGGUUACCUUGAAAUCCGGAAAGGGUGAUAUCGGUCACAACGCAAAGGCAUUGGAAAGCAAGACCCGUCAACAGGAUGAUCUAAUUGCCUCUCAAGAAGCAAAGUUGACUGCGGCCCAGGACGAAAUCGACAGUCUUCGCAUGGCAGUCGAGUCCUUGCGCGUCAAGAACCAGCGCUAUCAGAAGUUGCAGGAUGACUAUGACGAGCUCCGUACCGAAAAGGAUCAACUGGCUCGCAAGGCAAACGCAGCCGAGAAAUACCGCCAAAAGCUGCAAGCCAGUCAGGACUUUGAGAAAGAGAACCAGACACUCAAGAACCAAAUCAAAGAUAUCCAGCAACAGCUAAAAGAGUCGGACGCACAGCAGCGUUGGUCUUCGGAGCGCGAUGUGGAACUGGAAGAAUAUCGCAAGCUUCUGCCACAAGUUGAGCAGGAAUGCAAUGAGAUCCAGAACUUGAAGAAACAACUCGAGUUCAAUAAUCAUGCGCUGACAGAACGAUUGGAGAGUGCGGAUGAACAGCACGAGAGGGACGAUGCUUUGAUCAGUGAACUACGUGAACGCCUCGGAGAAAUAGACGGCUUGCCGGGCAGCGCGUCGCCUGGCUCUGAGACGCCAAAGAUGCAAGGGACAUUGCACAAGGACUUUGAGGCGCUUGGUGUCAAAGAAUCACAACUUAAAUCUGAGGAUGAUUUGAAGCGGGAAACCGAGUCCGUUAAAGCACCUUCAGCUCCAGCCUCUCAUACUGGAGGCUUCUCUGAAAACUUUACUGCAUCCGUGCAACUGGCGCGCUCUGGUUCCACCCAAAGUGACGACUACUGGAAAUUAUACGAGAACUAUACCGGAGCUCUCAAAAAGAUUGCAGAGGUCCAGGACACCUUGGAAACAGCUAAAAGAGACCUGUCUGAUACACAAGCUGAACUUGGCCUUGUCAAUGCGGAACAGGUCGAGAUGCUCCAAGGACUCGAGGCGUAUAACUCGGCUGAAUUAGCAAAAGUCCGGGAUGACUGGGAAGCCCUUACACAAAACGUCCACCACCUGGAGGCCGAGGUCGAUGCAAGCCAGACGCUGGUGCGUGAAGUCUGUGCGGAACGAGAGGAACUCCGCAAGAUGCUCGACAACAAGCAAAGCGAGAUCAGCUCCGAAGAUCAGGAAGUUAUGAACGAGAUGCAGAUGCUUCUAGGCGAGUUUGAAACCCACAAUAAUGAGGGCGGCGAAGUGCCCCAGAAAUCGAGCUUCGAGCUCUUGAAACAGUGUGCGGGAGUUCUGGAGAAGAAUGUUGAACGGCUUGCUCAGCGUGCCGAGUACAUCCAGCAACAAAAUGAGCUGGUCAAAUCACUCCGUGAGCGUAUGAAGAACUAUGAAGAAAACCUAGACGAUGGCAUUUCCAAAGAGCGAGAGCUUGAGCUUCAGAACAUUAUCGAUAGCCAGACCCGAGAACUCAACCUUGUGGGCUCGGCUUGGUAUCACCUUCAGAGCCGAUGGCAGAACAACAAUAUGACGGUAUCGCGAUAUCGACAUGGAGCCAGCACGGGAGAUUCUAAGGGCUGGCUAGCAAAGCAAAGAAGCGCUGUUGCUGGGUAG